AUGGACAUUGUUGUUGGCCAUGGUGUUAAACUUGGUCGGCAAGUACAAUUCAUCAGAGAUUCUGCUCAAUUUUCAUAUUGUAAGUGGGUACAAGUGGUUCACACUGCUCCAGAGGACCUGAGCAGUUUCAAAUCCUACAGUGACCCCAUUGCAAUAGGUGAAACAAAACACGAAUCAGAAGUUGGGCUUUGCAAACUUGCUGAUCUUAUUGUGCCUGUGGGACCCAGACUAAAAGAAGCAUACUCUUCAUAUUUACAGCGAUGCAAGACAGAUCAAGACCUUUUGCCCAUUACUCCAGGCCUUUUUGAAAGGGAGUUUGGGGAUUUAGUGGCAAAACAAGACCCUAAUGAGGAUGGUGAAUUUAAAGUGUUGUUAUUUGGUCGUGGGGAUGAUGAGGACUUUGAACUCAAAGGAUACAACAUUGCUGCUCAAGCAUUCACUGAUCAACGGUUGAAAAACAAACCAUAUCGUCUAAUCUUUGUUGGAGCACCUGAAGGAAAGCAAGAAGAAGUUAGAGAAAAACUUCUUCAGCGUGAUAUUAUGGAAGCGCAGUUGACUGUUAGAAAAUUUAUACAAAGUAGAGAGAGACUGAAAGAUUUGCUGUGCGAAGCUGACCUUGCCAUAAUGCCGUCAAAAUCAGAGGGAUUUGGUCUUGUUGCACUUGAGGCCUUGUCUGCGGGACUACCCAUUCUUGUAGGCAGUAGGUCAGGAUUUGCCAAAGCUUUAGAGAAUAUUCUUCAUGGUAACGCAUGUAUCGUGAAUUCAGAUGAUCCCACAGAAUGGGCAAAAGCAAUAGAAGCUGUUCGUUUAAGGCAUGGAAUGAGGCUUCAAGAGAUUAAAUCACUGAGAGCAUCUUAUGGAGAGAUGUACAGUUGGAAGGAGCAAUGUGAAGCCCUUGUGAACAGAAUGCAGAGAAUGGGUCACGGUAAGAGUUGUUUGUUAAGUGCUGAACAGAUGUACUUGAUUACACUGUAUUCAUGUUGUACUAGACAUUAAACUAAUAUAGUUUUUGUAGCACAACAUAUGCAAAAUGUAAGAGUGCAGUGCACUCACAAGCACUGAAUAGAUAUUUUUCUUUGACCACAUUGCUGAGUGUACACACAGGUUCUAUGAGUUUUCUUUGCAAAUUUAGUAUAUGUAUGUACUGUCCCAGAAUAUUUUAUCAUUAAAUAUUGAUUGCCAGAUAAAUAUGGCCAAGACACACUGUAUAAAAUAAUGUACCUCUUUACAAUCCUUACCUAGUAGAUUCAGUUAUUUUCCUGAGAAAUCAUGCACCUUCAAUUCUUCUACAGUGGGGGGGGGGGGGGGGGGGCAUGUAGCCAUACUUGAACUUCAGUGUUGUUAUUUUUAAACUUUCACUGAUGGGAAACAUACAAAGACAGUCAGGUUUGUGUUGUGAGGUGACAAACAUACAAAUUAAAUUGGCUACUUGAAAUUUUGAGAUGCAUACUUUCUUUUAUAAUAAUAUAGCUCAAAGCUUGAUAAAGUUGACUGUAUAAAUGUGUAGGAUUAUCCUCAUUGAAUUUAUUAUGAAUUCCUAUUGCUUCUUGGGCUUAAAUGUUUUGCUCACACCUAUGAACGUGGUAUUGGAAGUUGUAAAUGCAUAAAAAGAUCUGUGAAUUAUUGUGUAGAAUAAGGGUCUCCACCACUUUGAGGGUCGCAGUUGUGUGGUCGUUAAAAAUUUAUUUUUAGUGUUACGUGGGAUGUGGUUCCACAUGAGUGGUUAUGGGUGGUGGAGAUGUGAAUGGGUUACAAAGCAUACAGUUGUAUAUACAUACAUUUUGUAAGAAGCUUAUAAUAAAUGCUUGUUCUCACACCAGAUGCUUCUGCUAUACCAAAGGAUGUUUCAGUCAAUGAAAAGCAGCCUGUUGGAAAAACACAUGCUUCAGCUUCUGGAUUCUCAGGAGAGCAAUGUCCAGUUGAUGAGCCUAAAACUGAGGAUGCAGCCAGAUUAAGUGAAGAAUCUCCCUCAAUUUGCCAUACUCCUAGCGUUUCAGGGCACACUUCUGACCAAGGUAUAGAAUAAUUACAUUACUUUUGUCUUUCUGCUAUUCAUCAUUUUCAGAGAGACCACGCACUUUCUUAGCUUCCCAAAAUUUUGCAUAACCAUUGUCUUCGAUUUCUCAUGGGACGAGUGUCACCCAGGAGAAAUUGGGGGGUAAACAAGAUGCAUGCAAGAAGUAUGUGAAAAUGGUGAAUAGCUUAAGAAUGCUCUGUUUGUGUAAAAGCUUUUUUCAAACAAAAAGCUGAGGAGCCUCACUGAGUUUCCUUAUACAUUAGUAAAUAGUUUACAGAAAACGGUUGUUGGUUGCCCCUGUAAUAUGCUUUUAAUAAAUAAUUUUCAGAAGCAGCAAACACUAUUAAGAUGUCGAUAACCCCACGUGAUUUAAGUAGUGAACUGGAGGACCUCGCGGACGGAUUGUUAAGACAACAACUUAAAGCGUACUUGGAACACAAUAAAACAAACAAGCUUUCUACAGCCAGUGGACUGAGCAACUUCAUUAAGCAUGUAGAAAAUACUUACAACUUAACUUUAACGUCUGUGGGUGUUGGAUCUUUGGUAAUAAAAGGUCAGUGUCCUGACCUGCAAAGUCUGGAAAGUCUGUGGAAUGACUAUUGUUCUGGUGUCCUGAAUGACGCUGCAGAGAGGUUUUUGGUAACUGAUGAUAUGAAGAAAGAAAUCAACUUGGUGACACUCAGAUUAAAGACUAUCAUUGAUGAAGAAAGCUAUUUGACUUGCAAGAAAGCUCUUAUGGAAAAGUCAGGUGAGUUGGUGUUGCACAAUUUCUUGGGCAAUUAUCUUUAGAGGUCUUAGGACAAGAAAUUGAUGUAAAUCUCUGCUAGUGCUUUACAGCGAUGUACGUUCAGGUAUACAUGAAAAUGUAUUAAUAAAGCGGUCGUCUUAGAGACUUCAAUCGAGAUAAUUGAACAAUAGACCUUUUUACCGAUACGGCGGCCAUAUUGAAUUUUUAUGCGAUUUAAGGAGUAUUAUGGGAUGCCCAGGGGGCAUUUGCAAAAUCCGUUGUACUCGCUAAGUAUUUGAAAUAUGGUCUUUCGACACUAACGGCAGUACGAAAAUUGAAUUUUCAAUAUUUCAAAACAACCAUGUAUUCUUUGCCUCUACUUUUUUGUCAGUCCAGUUCAAACGAAAAAAGAGUGUUCUGUAAAUUUCGUGUUUUAGACUAUUCCGUAUAUUCCGUAUUUUAGCAGAAUGUUCCGUGUAUUUUGUCAUUCCGUUCCGUCAGUCCGCCAUUCCGCCCAAUAGGGUCACCCAUCAUUAUUACAUCCACACACGGCACAACAAUCUUUUUCCCAUUACAAUCUUAUUCAGAAAACUUUAAGAAAAAAUGCCCUGAAAGGCGCUCGUAAAACCGAUUAUGUGCUCAUGCCCCCCGUGCAUCCCAUAAUACUCCGUAAAUCUAACUUAUUCAACAUUGUAUACAAGAUUUUAAAAACACUUUAAAGCAUAACUUAAGAUUAUACACUAAUAAAUCAACGCGGGAUAAAAGUGAAUUUGCCAAACUGCUCGGCCAAUGGCAUUUUGUGUAAAGGUUGGUUGCUUCUUGACAGCAGCUAUCCAGGGUCAAAAGAGCCAGUGUUUUGAAAUGAUCAUCGUCGUAAGGUGUUUCACUGCGAGGUGGAUCUUUAACAUGAGAGCAAAAGAGAAUCUUCUGAACUUGAAAUUACCCCCCUGAAACAGUUUGCACUAAAUGAACAGGUAAAUUAAUGAUAAUGCAUAAAAUGUUAAUCGAAAUAAGAUUAAGCAGUCAUAAAAAUGUUGAAAUGUUUGUUUCAGUGAGUUAACUAUAUGACCACAGGAGAGAUGGCUGUUAGUUGACGUUCAUGCGUUCAUGUUGCAGUAGUGCAGUAAUUGUGCCAGGCUGUGAGUAUUUUCUGUAAUAGUACAUUCACGACAGAUGAAUUUAAUGCGUAUUUUUGAAAUUUUAUUCUGUGUUAGCAAUCAGCCGUAGCGUGUCACCUUCAACUAAAUCAGAUCAAGAAGCAGCUUCACCUCGAACUGACACAAGCCUAGAUGAUUCCGAGGUAGGUGCUUAGUACUUGGGACUAAAAAUGAAAACAAGUAAAGACUGGAAAGAAAAAGAAAUCGAGUCGUUGUAGAAGUACAGUCUACUCAAUUCUGCAAUAAUAGCUCGGAAAAAAGUAUAACAGUUUUCAAACCCAGUUCCGCCCAUUAGACAACGUCGAAAAGAAAGACUGGUUUGGUUUUAUUUGAUUGGUUGGAAUUGUAUGGAAAUAUUAUAAUGACAUGAUUGAGGUAUUUUGAAAAAAAUAGCUCAUAUGGCAGUGGUUGAAGCAUCUGUAUAAAUGGCAAAUAUCUCAUUAUCCACUCCCUUUGGGGCUUUUCAGGGAUAAUUUACAACACUGGUUGGGGGACUUUGCCAGACUGCUUAGGUGCAGCUUACAAGUAAUGAAGGAAUGAGUAAUGAUGCCCCGGCCCAUACAUGAGUGUCAAAGUGAGAUAGACCACUACACUUGGCACUACGUGCAAAGUCCAACGUCUUCACUUGCAAACUGUGUUCAUGAUUUAUUGUUAUAAUCCUGCUUACUGGAUUACUGUGUGAUAACUCGAAUUCCCUCACGUACGAACCACGAAAUGGGCAGAGUCCAACACUUUCACGUGCAAACUGUGUGACUGUAUAUCUCAUGCAGACUGGCUUUUCACAAUAACAACAGUAACUUAAAUGUUUGAAGACCUCUUUAGUUUUGUAAUUAGUGCCUUAAUUAAACGCUGUUUUCUUAAGAAGCAAUAACUUAUAACACUUCUAGAAUCAAGUCGUCGAGUAAAAGACUAUUUCAUUAAGUAGAUUCGCACGUGACAACCUCGUGAAUAAUGAUGAUGCAACCAUCUACAACAAUGAUGAAAACCUUGAAACCUUCGAGUCUUCCCUCUAACUAAAAAAACGUUUGGUGAGUUGAUAUUCAAAGUUCUGGAACAAUUUAUUUAUUUUUGCAACAGAUGUCUGAAAGAAAGACAAGGAAAAUUGAAUCUAUAGUAUUAUGAGCGACUCAGCUGUGCGCAGCGGUUCGCGUUUUCAUUAAUGAACAGCAAUACCCAACUUCGCGCAAAAAAUAGUCUUAAUGUAAGACUAAAACAGUAGACUGUUGAUACGGUUAGACUGAAGCAAUCAAAAUAGCUCAUGCACGUUAAACGUGCCUAUGUUUUAAAGGAAAGUGGUCGGUAAUUUUUCGUUGCAUCUUCGUAGAAAUUUCCAGCAUUAGCUAAGUGAUGUUUCUUAGAUGAAGGUUUUUGAAUACACUAAGUUAUGGGCAGUCAAAAGUGUGUUGUUUGCCUUGUAAUUUUAGAGUUAAAGUGAUUUAAUAGAACGUCGUUGUAGAUCUGGUUUUGAAUGUAUACUUUUCCUUUUUUAAUCUUCCUAGGACAGGACGCAGGUCCUGAGCCAUAUCGAGAGAGCUGAGAAAGCGAAAGUAAGUUCACUGCGAUAAAAAGAAUACUGGGUGUGCACGCUUUGUGUAUUUAAAAAAAAAACAAAAUACGUGCAAAUGUGAAAAGCAUCAUUUGAUGGGAGCAUUAAUUUUUUUUUUCUCUCUGAUAAAAGGAUAUUAAUUUUUUGAAACAGGUUUCGAGAGGCCCUCUACACAAGGCUGCUGCCAGUGGACAAUACGAGAUGGUUAAAAUGCUUCUUGAAAGUGGUGAAGACGUGGACCAAAGAGAUCAGGUUUAAGUCUUCCCCAGCCUAUGUAAAUCUAAUGCUUACGGGUUCUUACAUUCCUUUCUUACUUUAGUAGAUUAUGAGCAGAAGCCUUGCGUUCAUGAACAAACACACCAUUCUAAUCGGCCGGUAGUGACAAGCGCGAUUAACAGAUAGCAUAGUGUUGUUGCUGAAAAUAUCUAUAAGUCAUAACUUUUCUUCUGUAGAAUGCCUAAGCUAUUUUCACACUUUACCGGAUACCGUAUUUUUUCGAUUAUAUUAACCGUCCUGGGCACUUAUUAAAUAUUUGGACCUUGAGAGUGGGCGCUUAUUCGAAGCUGGGCGCUUAUUAAAUUUUCAUCAUUUUCACCAAGUGUAGUAUGUCUAUUUUGCAACAAAACAAUAAAUGGUAAUAACAAAACGCGAAGAUGUAACAAAGCAAGGUUUCUGUUAGCCUCCCCGCAGACGUCCUUUGGGAUUCCUGACCGAACCCCAAAGGACGUCUGCAGGGUCAAGAAAAACUCUGAAGAUGACUCUCGCUCAGGAAGGUGACUCUGAUGAUCACUCACAUUGGUGGUCAAAAACCUUACUAUUCAGUACUGUACUCAUCCGGACGAUCACAUUCAAACUUCCUAAAUAUACAACUUUGCAGUUUUGAAAAGUUAUGGAGGCCUAAUUUAUUUUGAACUUGGAAGGAAUUUCCGCCUUGAAAUUUUAAUAGGUUGAGGCGAAGCAGAAAUUGAAAAUGACUUGAGUUAUUUUAUUUGUCUGUUUUGUGUUUGUUUGUUUGUUUUUACCUCAGGAGCCUGAAAAAUGUUCAGUGUUAUCUGCAUUUUCUUAAUAAAGAAUCAGUGGUUUGAAUGAAAACAUAUAACUUUUUUCUACCAAUCUGUAAUGGAAAGGGUCGUAUGGGGUCCGAACUAUCCUUUUUUUCGGUGCAAUCUCAUCAACGUGCGAUGGAAUACAUCAACGUCGCGACGUCAUAGCCUUUUGUCUUUAUCUCAUGAAAAAAAGCGAUGGAUUGCCAUUAUCUUCUCUUUUUGUGCGUUUCUAAUACAAUAGAAACAAUAGGCUGGUGGUGGUUCAGGAGGGAAAACAAUCGAAUUGUGGUGGUGGUGGAUAAUCACGCGUGUGCACUGAGCUGUGCAGACGUGUUCUGUGUGCUCCGAUCUUAAUUCACGAAUUCUUAUUUUAUCCUGAACCUAUGUAUUCUGAAAAACAUUCAGUAUGACGGGUAACGACAAGCUACGAAAGGAAAAUCAAGCCGCUUGAUUUUCCUUUCGUAGCUUUGCGUAAUUAAAUAGAAGAAUUAAAGAACACACUACAAAAAGUUUUAUUUAUUUGUGCUGCAAUCUGCAACACUUUCCAAUAGUUUAAGGUUUUUAAUGAUAAUUUUUUAACAAUAGAAAUGUAGAGGAACUAAAAAGUGAUGAGGGAAAACGAAAAUUUUUUUUUGGUUGCAGAAAGAGCUAGUUUGCUUCCGUACUCAUCACUAUGCACAAUUUCUGUACCAAGAAUCAGUGAACCAGAACCAGGAAAAUACGUUGUCUGCAAUGGACAAUGACAGUGGCAGGAAAUAAACGUGAAUAAUCAAUUAACGUUUAAUAGGGCUCAGCGAUUUUAGGUCACAGCCGAGUUAGCGCUUAUUCCUUCAAAAAUAUGUUUCAACCAUAUAAGCCACUUCCACAUUUCCCAUAAUGCACCUUAGCGCCCCCCCAAAAUUUUGCAUAAAAAGGGAAAUGUGGAAGUGGCGUAUGAAUACUUUUUUAGUUGUAAGUCGACCAAUCAAAACAAGACAUUCAUCGACCUAAAGAUUACUGGAAAAUCUGUCAAACUGGAAAAAUGAAACUAGAACAUGACAAACAGGGAUUUGUGAGCCUAUGUUCAAUGGUCUACAUCGGACUUAUUCAUUCAAACGUCGAUCUCCUCGUGUACUUAAUUGAAGGGAGAAGGUUCAGUACAUUGAAAGGUCUAUGUUCAAACUGGGCCUUACAAAUAUACAAAAGGUACGAUAAUGAGAAUCCACUACAUUUUAUUCAUGAGGUAAAGACAAAUGGCCAUGACGUCAUCGGCGGUAAUGUAUUCCACCGCAUAUUAAUAAGAUUCCAUUGAAAAAAAGGAUAAUUCGGUGAUGCGCCUUAUACUACUGGAAAGUGGCCUGCGACGUGGCAUUUGGACUAAAGUUUAGUUUUAUUCUUUUUGACUGGUCCUUGUAAACUGAAGAAGAUAAAGUAGAGAUGCUAUGGCUUUGGUCUAAACUAGGCCUUUAAAAAUUAAUCCAGUAGCAGACUCUAAGUAUGUUUCAUAAAAGGACAUCAUUAGUAUGGCACUGGAUGGCUUUUUUUCGAUCUUAUGUAACCGCGUUAUUUCUUCCUGUUUUCCAUAGUUUUCUUUGACUCCUCUUCAUCUUGCCUCUUGGUAUGGACACCAAUCUGUAGUCGAACUAUUGUUGAAAUACGGAGCGAACGUCAACAAUAAAGACAAGGUGAGCAAUAAAGGGUGGGGCAAGGGAAGUUCUUGGUUUCUUUUUUUAUUAUUCACACAUGAAUCUCUCUAAGAUGACCGAUUAAAUUGACUUGGCUAUUCUCACUGCCUGCAUAACUAGCGCAGCACGAAAUGUGACUCUAAACCUUUAGAUUCUGCCAGGCUUUCAUGUCUCCGGGGCGGGCAUGAUACUUUGCGGUCUUUCUGCUUAGAUUCCCGUGUUUUGCAUCUAUCGGUGAUCAUUUGGGCCGCGUUCCGGUCAAGGAAGCUUUUGUCGCCCCACCUUCCUCCACUGGUGCCGGUUGACGAGGCCACCUUUGUCGCCUGCUGCUUACCUUGUUGCCACAGUUGUCGCGGUCUCCCGCCAUAACUUAGUUUAUUGUAAUGUGGUAAUGGGUAUGCAGUGAGGAUAAACUACUAUAUGUUGUACAUGUACUACCGUAUGUAUACAUACCGGUAGUUAGAAUAUUCUUUCUUGUUGGCAAAUAGCACGUGGCAUGUAACACGAUAAACUCUGCUUGUGUCGUUUUUAGUUUCAACGCACACCUCUGCAAAAAGCUGAACGUCAAAACCACCACUCCAUAGCGCAGUUGCUGCGGAAGAAUGGUGCCAGGCUAACUCUUCAUCAACCAGUAAGAUAUUAGAUUGUAUGUGCCUCUUGCCAAGCGUUGUCUUUCAGAUAAAAUUCGCUUACUUUCGUCGGUUGUAUUCUAUACCGAUAAUGUUGAACACUACAGUACGUCCUUUACAUUGUCGUAUGAGCUUGUGUCUAAGCCUACAUCGCGUAGACCUUAUGCUUGUCCCUUCCCUACACGAACGUCAUUUUUAUUCCCUUGGUUCUGACGCCCACCCGGAGAUCACAGUGCAGUAAAUCCUAUAUUAAACGGACACCAAAUUAAGCGGAUGAGUGGACCAUAUUUACUGUGAAAUUACUGUAAAACGAACCAUUAAUAGUCGACAUUAGCGAAGGCCGAGUAUCUGUCCGCUUAAUAAAGGUAUCAAGGUAGAUUUUAAGUACUGGUUAGCUGGCGUUGCGUCUUAUACACAUGCGCUCCCCCGACACAUAACAUUCCACAAAUCUUUUUGUCGUUGAUAGUUUUCGAGUAAGAAUAACAGGAAAUUAAAAUUUGUGUAACGCGCACGUUUCUUCAUAUAUAUUAUCACAGUUGCGAUUUGUGAAUUUGAUCAUAGUGAGAAUUAUUAACAAAAUGGUGCGAAAAAACUCACAUUUCUGUUUUUAAGUAACCUGCCCUUAUGUUACCAAUGACGCCAUAUAUUUUAACCAUAGCAGCCAACCACCAUCACAUGUUGUGUAAAAUGUGUCCAUUUGCAAUAAGAAUACAGUGAAAUCCUCUUAAUCUCUUAUCCGCAAUAAGAAUAGUUAAAAAGUAGUGGCAAAUGAAUUUCCUUUUUGUUAUUUUUGCUCAAAAGAUGGUCAUUUUCAUCAUAGGUCUGUCUAAAGAAACUCUCAAGAAAAGCUUUCUUGAAAGUGGAUGAACAAUCUGGAUUUAAUCCGCUCCAGGCGGCUGUCUUCGAAGGAAAAUACGACAUUGUGUUAAAGGCAAGUGGCCUUUUUGACAACUUUGUAGAAGAGAUGAAACUUACAAAAACGGGAAAAAACGCCAAAGAAUUUGUAGGAAAAACGGCAGUUGACUUCUUGUCACUUAGAAAGAGACAAAACCCAUUUCAUGUUGAUAUCAAAAGGAUUUAUGAAAAGUUGGCUAAGCAGAGCAGACUCACUGAGCUGCAGUGGAGUACAUGCAAUGAUGAUGUCGAACAGGCAGUUGAACUUGCAUUAAACGACGGUGUAGAUAUCAGUGCCCCAGGAUCAAACAAUGAUUGCACAGCUUUGCUGCAAGCGAGUCGUUCAUCCUCAAGUCAGUUUAUUGAGACCCUCAUUGAUCUUGGGGCCGACGUUAAUGCCCAAAGGAGAGAAUGCAAAGAAACGCCACUAAUGUUAGCAGCUGAGUGGAACAACUACAUGGCAGCAAGGUUAAUUGUAAGGCAUGGAGCUGAUGUAAAUGUCUAUAUUAGUAAUGGGUGCACGCCACUGCACGUUUCAGUCAAUGAAGGUCACGAAAACCUCGUCAGAUUGUUACUUAAACACAACGCAAAGGUUAAUAUUCGAGAUACUUAUGGAAGAACACCCCUUCACCAAUCAUUCUUAAAAGGUAACGAAACGCUUUGUAGAUUGUUACUUGAACACAAAGCGGAUGUAAAUAUUCAAGAUAACCAUGGAUAUACACCCUUGCACUGGUGUACUAAAAAGAAUAACGAAAACCUCUGUAGAUUGUUACUUGAACAUAACGCGGAUGUAAAUACUCAAGAUGAAGAUGAAUAUACACCCUUGCACUUGAGUGCCUCUCAGGGUAACGAAAACCUCUGUAGGUUGUUACUUGAACAUAACGCGGAUGUAAAUACUCAGUAUGAAGAUGGAUAUACACUCUUGCACUUGUGUGCCUCAAAAGGAAACGAAAACCUCUGUAGAUUGUUUCUUAAACACAAAGCGGAUGUAAAUAUUCAAGAUAAAAGUGGAUAUACACCCUUGCACUGGAGUACUAGAAGGGAUAACGAAAAUCUCUGUCGAUUGUUACUUAAACACAACGCGGAUGUAAAUACUCAAGAUGGAGCUGGAUUUGCACCCUUGAAUUGGUGUGCCUUAACGGGGAACGAAAACGUCUGUAGAUUGUUACUUGAACAUAACGCUGAUGUAAAUAUUCAAGAUAUUCAUGGAUAUACACCCUUGCACUCGAGUACUAGAAAGGGUAACGAAAACCUCUGUAGAUUGUUACUUGAACACAAAGCGGAUGUAAAUAUUCAAGAUGAAGAUGGGUGUACAGCCUUGCACUGGUGUGCCAAAGAGGGAAACGAAGACCUCUAUAGAUUGUUACUUAAACACAAAGCGGAUGUAAAUACUCAAGAUGAAGAUGGAUAUACACCCUUGCACUGGUGUGCUUUCACGGAAAACGAAACCCUCUGUAGAUUGUCACUUGAAUACAAUGCGGAUGUAAAUACUCAAGAUGAAGAUGGGUAUACACUCUUGCACUGGAGUACUAGAAAUGGUAACGAAAGCCUCUGUAGAUUGUUACUCGAACACAAAGCGGAUGUAAAUAUUCAAGGUAAAGAUGGAUAUACACCUUUGCACUGGAGUACUAGAAAUGGUAACGAAAACCUCUGUAGAUUGUUACUCAAACACAAAGCGGAUGUAAAUAUUGAAGAUAGAGAUGGAUAUACACCCUUGCACUGGUGUGCCAGAGAUGGUAACGAAAGCCUCGGUAGAUUGUUACUCGCACACAAAGCGGAUGUAAAUAUUGAAGAUAAAGGUGGAUAUACACCAUUUCACUGGUGUGCCAAAAAGGGUAACGAAAACCUCUGUAGAUUGUUACUUGAACGCAACGCGGAUGUAAAUACUGAAGACAGAGAUGGAUAUACACCCUUGCACUGGUGUGCCAGAGAUGGUAACGAAAGCCUCUGUAGAUUGUUACUGGAACACAAAGCGGAUGUAAAUAUUCAAGGUAAAGAUGGAUAUACACCAUUUCACUGGUGUGCCAGAGAGGGUAACGAAAACCUCUGUAGAUUGUUACUCGAACACAAAGCGGAUGUAAAUAUUCAAGGUAAAGAUGGAUAUACACCAUUUCACUGGUGUGCUAGAAAGGGUAACGAAAAUCUCUGUAGAUUGUUACUCGAACACAACGCGGAUGUAAAUACUCAAGAUGAAGAUGGAUAUACACCCUUGCACUGGUGUGUCUUAACGGGGAACGAAAUCCUCUGUAGAUUGUUACUUGAACACAAAGCGGAUGUAAAUAUUGAAGGUGAAGAUGGAUAUACACCCUUGCACCGGUGUGCCAAAGAGGGUAACGAAAGCCUCUGUAGAUUGUUACUUGAACACAAAGCGGUUGUAAAUAUUCAAGGUAAAGAUGGAUAUACACCAUUUCACUGGUGUGCAAGAAAGGGUAACGAAAACCUCUGUAGAUUGUUACUCGAACACAAAGCGGAUGUAAAUAUUCAAGGUAAAGAUGGAUAUACACCAUUUCACUGGUGUGCUAGAAAGGGUAACGAAAACCUCUGUAGAUUGUUACUCGAACACAACGCGGAUGUUAAUACUCAAGAUGAAGAUGGAUAUACACCCUUGCACUGGUGUGUCUUAACGGGCAACGAAAACCUCUGUAGAUUGUUACUUGAACACAAAGCGGAUGUAAAUAUUGAAGGUGAAGAUGGAUAUACACCCUUGCACCGGUGUGCCAAAGAGGGUAACGAAAGCCUCUGUAGAUUGUUACUUGAACACAAAGCGGUUGUAAAUAUUCAAGGUAAAGAUGGAUAUACACCAUUUCACUGGUGUGCUAGAAAGGGUAACGAAAACCUCUGUAGAUUGUUACUUGAACACAAAGCGGAUGUAAAUACUCAAGAUGAAGGUGGAUAUACACCCUUGCAUUGGUGUGUCUUAACGGGGAACGAAAACCUCUGUAGAUUGUUACUUGAACACAAAGCAGAUGUAAAUAUUGCAGGUGAAGAUGGAUAUACACCCUUGCACUGGUGUGCCAGAAAGGGUGACGAUAACCUCUGUAGAUUGUUACUUGAACACAAAACGGAUGUAAAUACUCAAGAUGAAGAUGGAUAUAUACCCUUGCACUGGUGUGUCUUAACGGGGCACGAAAACCUCUGUAGAUUGUUACUUGAACACAACGCGGAUGUAAAUACUCAAGAUGAAGGUGGAUAUACACCCUUGCACUGGUGUGCCUUAACGGGGAACGAAAACCUCUGUAGAUUGUUACUUGAACAUAACGCGGAUGUAAAUAUUGAAGGUGAAGAUGGAUGUACACCCUUGCACUGGUGUGCUAGAAAGGGUGACGAUAACCUCGGUAGAUUGUUACUUGAACACAAAGCGGAUGUAAAUACUCAAGAUGGAGAUGGAUAUACACCCCUGCACUGGUGUGCCUUAACGGGGAACGAAAACCUCUCUAGAUUGUUACUUGAACAUAACGCGGAUAUAAAUAUUGAAGGUGAAGAUGGAUGUACACCCUUGCACUGGUGUGCCAGAAAGGGUGACGAUAACCUCGGUAGAUUGUUACUUGAACACAACGCGGAUGUAAAUACUCAAGAUGAAGGUGGAUAUACACCCUUGCACUGGUGUGUCUUAACGGAGAACGAAAACCUCUGUAGAUUGUUACUUGAACAUAACGCGGAUGUAAAUAUUGAAGGUGAAGAUGGAUGUACACCCUUGCACUGGUGUGCCAGAAAGGGUGACGAUAACCUCGGUAGAUUGUUACUUGAACACAACGCGGAUGUAAAUACUCAAGAUGAAGAAAUGGGGAACGAAAACCUCUGUAGAUUGUUACUUGAACAUAACGCGGAUGUAAAUAGUCAAGAUGAAGAUGGAUAUACACCAUUGCACUGGAGUGCAAAAAGGGGUGACGGAAACCUCUGUAGAUUGUUGCUUGAACACAACGCGGAUUUAAAUAUUCAUGAUUAUUAUGGAAAUACACCCUUGGACUGGUGUGCCUCAAUGGGGAACAAGAACCUCUGUCGUUUGUUACUUGAACACAACGCGGAUGUAAAUAUUUAA